UUUUACGGUACAAUGGUGCUAAUUUAGCAAUGCCACAUAUACUGUAUAUAUGACAUCGAUGACGUGGAAGAGGAUAGACAAAAAAAAGUUAUUUGCUUUAUCUUAGCUAAGAUGAUCUCUUGAAAUGAAAGACAAGACAAUUCACGUCAUUGUACGAGAUGCUAUCUUUCCAUUACACCUUUUUUUGCGAGAAUCUUGUCAUUGCAUCUUAUCUUAAUAUAUUUUAAUCGUCACAUAUUUGUCUACGCCUUGUAGCGUUAAUCAUUUCUAGAUGGCACGGAACGUAUAAGAGAACACCGUCUUGUCAUGCCCUGAUCCGAUAUUGAGAUAAUUAGAUGCUUGUGCUGUUGUGCACUGGGAGUCACGUAGGGAUUUGAGUCUCUGAUAUCAUUACGAGUAGAUAUUAACAACGCCUGCAUGCAGGUCUAGUUAUUCCUCAGAAUGGAGCAAUGACAGUCUAAGGGGCUUUCCUCGUGAAGGUUCCAUCUCUGAUCUCUCGACAAGGCUGGCCUAUAAAUAGGCGUUCCCACACGGUUCAUCCUCGCCAACCUCGAGAUCUGAGAGAUCUUGAUCGACCUGCACGAAGAAUCUGUGGAGCGCGAUGGACAGCAGAAGGGAGUCCGCGGAGACCCUGAGGAACAAGUGCUCGGCGUGCUUCCGGCAGUACAACAAGAUGGAGCACCUUGUGGAGCACAUGAAGGUGUCGUACCACUCGGUCCACGAGCCCAAGUGCGGCGCCUGCAGGAAGCACUGCCGCUCCUUCGAGUCCCUCAGGGAGCACCUCAUAGGUCCAUUGCCCAAGGCCGAAUGCGCGCGCGUCUUCAGCGCCCGGGGCUGUGGCAUCUGCCUCAACAUCUUUGACAGCCCCGCCGCCGCCAGAUAUCACCGUCACGCCUGCCAAUACUCCCGCGCUGCUCCGAUGCCAAAGGGUGGCGCAGGUGGACGCGCGGUUGCCAUGGCCUGUAAGAUGGUCGGAGGAGGGAGCGACGGCUCCGUGGACCUCUGCGCAAGAGUGUGCCUUAUUGGAGAAGAUGAGAACAUCAUCUUCCAGACCUAUGUAAAACCUACAGCCCCUGUCACAAACUACAGGUAUGAGGUGACUGGGAUAAGGCCCGAGUACCUGAGGGACGCAAUGCCACUGAAACUUGUGCAGAGGAGGAUCCAGGACAUCCUGUGCAACGGGGAGCCGCUGUGGAAGAUACGGCCGAGGAGCUAUGGAAGGGCAAGGAUCCUUGUUGGGCAUAUCGUGGACCAUGACCUCGAGCGCCUAGGUUUGGACUACCCAGCAUUCAUGAUCAGGGACACCGCAAAGUACCCACCGCUGAUGAAAACCAGCAAGCUGAGCAAUACCCUGAAGUACCUCACACAAGCAUAUCUUGGGUAUGAUGUCCAUACUGGCAUUCAGGAUCCAUACGAGGACUGCGUCGCGGCGAUGAGACUAUAUAUCAGGAUGAGAUCACAAGCUCACCCGAGAGACUACGCCUCCGGUUCAGGGGAGGUGCAGAAUAACUACCCGGCCUGGAGGCAGAGGGAGAUGGAGAGGAUGAGCCCAGAAGAGCUCCUGGCACUUUCAGGAUCAGACUACUACUGCUGGUGCCUGGACCCCUAGACUGAUGAUGAGCUAAAGAGAACAAGGCAGGGCCGGCCGACUGAUGUUGGUUUGGUCAUAUUCCAUCCGUAGUAAUACGUAUGUCUAAUUAUCUUUGGACUUAUGUAUGGUGGGAUUGAGUAUAAUAUUGGUGAUUAAGAGUUGUAUGAGUCAUAUUUAAGAGCAAUGAUAUAUAGUAAGAGGCUUUCUACU